AUGUUCUCUGUGUCAAAGAGAUGCUCCGGAAAGGGUGGGAUGAAAAGAUGGGGGUUCAGCAGUAUGCUUGCAUCCCACCGAAGUAUAUGUUCUGCAGGUCAAAGAGAUGCUCCGGGAAAGAAUGAGCGGGAUGAUAGUGGCUCCGUGCAGUGGGCGGUUAUUUGUGGUAUCGGCAGUACUUUGUACCAAGAUUAUCGCCAUCAGGCAGAUGUGUGCCAUGCCUUCCAGCUAUUGAAAAGAGGAGGUCUAAAAGAAGAGAACAUUAUUGUUUUUAUGGACGAUUCCAUAGCCCAGCAUCCAUGGAAUCCGAGACCCGGUAUUUUAAUCAAUCAUCCUGAUGGCAUUGAUGUCUAUGCUGGCGUGCCAAAGGACUAUACUGGCGAGAAUAUGACAUCCGACAACUUCUAUGAGGUGCUUCUUGGCAAUAGAAGUAGUGUAUGUGGUGGCAGUGGGAAAGUCGUGGAUAGUAAACCCAACGACUAUAUAUUCAUAUACUUCGCUGGUCAUGGAUAUACUCUUAAAGAGGGUGGAGCUUGUCUCGAGAUGCCGUUGGAUGACAUUGAGGCCCCUCUAUUAUUUGAGGUCCUAAGACAGAAAAAAGCGUCUGGUAGUUUCAAAGAGAUCGUUCCUAAUUUCUUUAUGGAUUUACCCGAAGACCUGAAGACUUAUGUUGUUACAGCAUCAGACAUAGAUGAAGGUAGCUUGCCCUGGUACUGUCAACGGUCAUUAGAGAGUCCACCUCCACCGGAUUAUGAGGUAUGCGUGGGGGAUCUGUUCAGUAUAUCUUGGAUGGAGCACAGCGAGUCUCAUGAUCGUAAGGCGAUAACAGUGGGAAGACAAUUUGAGGAGGUGAAGGAGAGAGUUGGCAACCCCUACAAAGAUGCUACCACUCAUGCCAUCAAAUUAUCCCCCCCUCAUGCCAUCAAAUUAUCCCCGCAGCACCUUUUUCCACCCACUGUCAGGGAGUUUGGAGACAAAAGGAUCCGGGAACGGAAGCUUUAUUUGUUCCUAGGAUAUGACCCGGAUGGGCCAAAUCUUAAGUACUUAUGGGCAAGUGCGAUAGGUCCUUAUAAUGAAAUUGUCAUUCUUGGAUCCGUGGCAGCAUACAAUAUCCAUGGACAGAUGCUGCUUGCCUUGCAUUUCACUCUAACCCUUGUUUUAUCAUUAACAACCUUCUCUAUACCCACACAUCUUUCAAUUGCAUAUCUGGUUACAGCUUCCCUGAAUCUAUAG